CCGCCUCCGUCCAGAACCUUCCCCAUUCCACACUUCCAUUUAUUCUCCCAACCGCACGCGCUCCGACGCGCAGAAAGGCAGCGCCGUGACUGAGAACAAGAGAGGCCGGCACAGAGAGACGCUCUCGGCUAGGGCACGGAUCGUCGCGACGAAGGAAGAUGUCGUACUCCAGAGGAUCAAGAUAUGAGUCCGACUCAUAUUCUACAUCGCCCAGACGGAGCAGCCGUUCAAGGUAUAGGAGUCGUUCUAGAAGUGUGGACUCAAGUGAUGUUGAAAACCCUGGGAACAACCUGUAUGUUACUGGCUUAUCUGCUCGUGUGACAGAUCGAGAUCUGGAGAAACACUUUUCUGCUGAGGGAGAGGUUAUUGAUGCUAGCAUAGUACUUGAUCCAUGGACAAGGGAAUCCCGGGGAUUUGGAUUUGUUACCAUGGCUACUGUUAAGGAGGCUGAUCUUUGCAUCAAAUAUCUAGACCGCUCAGUGUUGGAAGGUCGUGUGAUAACUGUAGAGAAGGCCAAGAGAAGACGUGGUCGAACACCAACGCCCGGAAGGUAUCUAGGCACAAAAUCAUCAUGUGUGACACCAGCACGGAGGUAUUCCCCAAGCUACUCGCCUGUUGAAAGAGACCGCUACAGUUCACGCUACUCACCUGAGCGAGAACGGUCUUAUUCUCCUUAUGGUAGAAGGCGAUCAUAUUCUCCAUACAACAGGCGAAGAUCAUACUCCCCCUAUGAGAGGCGUAGAUCCUACUCUCCACAUGAAAGGAGACAGUCCUACUCUCCGUAUGGCAGAUCCCCUUCUCCUUAUGGUAGACGGCGAUCAUACUCUCCCUAUGACACACGUGGUUCACGGCGUCGGUCAUACUCAUCUUACCGUGGUUCCCGCUACCGUUCAAGAUCUCCAUACCGUUACAGAAGAGAGAGGUCAUGUUCCUAUGACCAUUCUGUUUCACCAUACUAUAGAAGGUGCUAUUCUCCAAGUGCUAGAGGACGGAGCUAUUCUCGCAGUGUAUCACCUCAGAGGAGCUACUCCCAUAGCUGUUCCCCGGAUUCUCAGAGGUCAGGGAGCUAUUCUCCAAGGAAAAGAUACAGUGAAAGGAAACCGUCGCGCAGCAGGUCGUCGGGUAAGAGGCAUUCUAGGGAGAGCUACUCUCACAGCCGCAGUUCCUACUCAAGGUCUGUCUCCAGGGAGCGCUCAGAAUGAAUUGAAGCUUGAUGUUCUAGAGAUCAAUAAAGCUCUCUAUGCCUAAGUGUAUGUCUGUAUCUCGUGAAGCUUACUUUGCACCUGUUUCCAACUUAGAAACCGUGUACCAUAAUAUUUGUGUCGUAUUGUAUCGGAUACUUCUAUAUGUUUAUGCUUACUUUCGUAGGCAGAUAUUAUUGGUGGUUCGUUAUGGUGUCCAGAUCUACAAUCUGUAGCAUAUUGAUACUUACUGUGUGUUGUAUCAGGUUCUGUUAUGCUGUCA